CACUGCACCUUCAGCACCGCUCAGAARGCCGUGGGCAAGGACAACUUCACCCUGAUCCCCGAGGGCACCAACGGCAUCGAGGAGAGGAUGUGCAUGGUGUGGGAGAAGUGUGUGGUACACCUGGUGGUGUGGANCGGGAAGAUGGAUGAGAACGAUUUUGUAGCAGUGACCAGCACCAACGCUGCCAAGAUCUUCAACUGCUACCCCAGGAAGGGGCGCGUGGCCGUGGGCACCGACGCAGACCUGGUGGUGUGGAACCCCAAAGCUACCAAAACCAUCUCGGCAAAAACCCAUAACCUGAACGUGGAGUACAACAUCUUUGAAGGCACCGAGUGCCACGGGGUCCCAACUGUGGUCAUAAGUCAGGGAAGAGUUGUCCUAGAAGAUGGGAAUCUGUGUGUCACCCAGGGCUCAGGUCGCUUCAUCCCUAGGAAGACRUUCCCUGACUUUGUUUAUAAAAGGAUAAAGGCAAGAAACAGGCUGGCCGAGGUGCACGGUGUGCCCCGGGGGAUGUACGACGGGCCGGUCCAUGAGGUUCCUGUGAGUGUCAAGGCCGUGGUUCCCAGCGCAGCGUCRCGGAUCACACCCAGCGCCGGCAAAGCCGCGGCACCGCCCGUGCGCAACCUGCACCAGUCCGGCUUCAGCCUSUCCGGGUCACAGGCAGAUGACCACAUUGCCCGGCGCACGGCGCAGAAGAUCAUGGCCCCGCCGGGCGGGAGGUCCAACAUCACCCCGUGUCACUGA